UGUUUACCUUAUUUAGAAUAAGGAGAAUUAUCUCCGACUUAACUCUUGUAAUAUUUAGAAUAAGGAGAAUUAUCUCCGACUUAACUCUGGUAUUCUCCAGAGAUAUUUAUUGAUUUGAUAUAAAUAUGUUUCCCAAAGAACAUUAUUCUCUAAGGGAAAUUAUCCCCAAAAUAAGAUGGUAUCAGAGCAGGCUCCACGGGCGUGGUUUCAGAGGUUUGCCAAGUUUAUUACUAAUUGUGGUUUUCGUGGUAGUGUGUGUGACCCAUCUCUCUUUGUUUAUCAAUCCGGCUCAGAUACGGCAUAUUUACUGCUUUAUGUAGAUGAUAUUGUUUUGACUGCCUCUAACAAUACUCUCCUACACCGCUUCAUUGAUCUAAUGAAACGGGAAUUUGCCAUAUCUGAUCUUGGACCGCUACAUCACUUUCUGGGUAUUACUGUCACUCGAUCAUCUUCAGGGUUAUAUUUUUCUCAGUCAUUAUAUGCUCAGGAAAUCAUUGCUCGUGCCUCCAUGAAACAAUGUAACCUAGUGUCUACUUCGGUCGACACCAACUCCAAGCUCAGUGCUACUUCAGGUCCUACGAUUAAGGAUCCUACUCUAUACAGAAUCCUGGAUGGAGCAUUACAGUACCUCACCUUCACCCGGCCAGAUAUUUCAUAUGCAGUUCAACAGAUUAACAACAUACUCUGAUGCUGACUGGGCGGGAUGCCCUGACUCUCGUCGGUCGACUUCCGGUUACUGCGUCUUUCUUGGUGACAACCUCAUCUCCUGGUCAUCCAAACGUCAGGCAACAGUUUCUCGAUCCAGUGCUGAAGCUGAAUACCGGGGGGUAGCAAAUGUUGUUGCUGAAACUACAUGGCUUUGCAACCUCCUUCUAGAGCUUCAUCUUCCUCUACGACGUGCUACUAUUGUAUACUAUGAUAAUGUGAGUGCGAUUUAUAUGUCUGGAUACCCUGUUCAACAUUAGCGCACCAAGAAUGUGGAAAUUGAUAUACACUUUGUACGUGAACGCGUUCGUAUUGGUAACAUUCAAGUUCUACACGUCCCCUCUGAAAACCAGUAUGCUGACAUAUUCACCAAGGGACUACCUCGUCAGCUAUUUGUUCGUUUUUGGUCUAGUCUUAGCGUUUUCUCCUCUCCCGCUCAGACUAUGGGGGUGUAAUAGAAUGGAUAUUAUCCUGUUUACCUUAUUUAGAAUAAGGAGAAUUAUCUCCGACUUAACUCUUGUAAUAUUUAGAAUAAGGAGAAUUAUAUCCGACUUAACUCUGGUAUUCUCCAGAGAUAUUUAUUGA